GUGCGCCGCCUCUGAUCGCUGCACAAGGCGUUUCCUUCGCCUCCGAGACAGCGCGAGUCCGGGCUCCAGCAUGGCUCUGAGCGGUGAGCCGAGCAUGCCCGGUGUGUGAGCGGUUCCUCACCGGUUCCUCCGUCAAGCUCAGUGACGGUCAGAGACUCAGACUGACCGGUUCCUGCGCGGAUGCGAACCAGAACCCCAGCGCUCCGAGUGAGUGAGUGAGUGAGUGAGAGAGAGAGAGAGCGCGAUCUGUCCGUCCGUCCGCCCGCCGGGAUGGAGGAGCCGCAGCAGUUUCACCGCGAGGAGAUAAACGGCACCGUGUGGGAAGUUCCGGUCAAAUACGGGCGAUUAAAGCAGAUCGGAACCGGAGCCUACGGAACAGUGUGCUCAGCUAUCAAUGACAAAACUCAAGAGAAAGUCGCCAUCAAGAAGCUUCACAGGCCCUUCCAGUCGGAGAUCUUUGCGAAGAGGGCGUACCGGGAGCUCAGGCUGCUGAAACACAUGAAGCAUGAAAAUGUGAUUGGACUGUUGGAUGUGUUUACCCCCGCUACGCGCCUGGAAUCCUUUCAGGACUUCUACCUGGUGAUGCCGUACAUGUACACAGAUCUGUCCAAGGUGCGGGGUCUACUCUCUGAAGACCGUGUGCAGUUCCUGGUCUACCAGAUGCUCUGUGGACUAAAGUACAUUCACAAUGCUGGCAUCAUUCACAGGGAUCUGAAACCAGGCAACUUGGCAGUGAAUCAAGACUGCGAGCUGAAGAUAUUGGAUUUUGGCCUGGCGAGGCAAGCAGAUCAAGAGAUGACUGGUUAUGUUGUGACAAGAUGGUACAGAGCACCUGAGGUUAUUUUAAAUUGGAUGCACUACAACCAGACAGUGGACAUCUGGUCAGUUGGGUGCAUAAUGGGAGAAAUGUUCAAUGGAAAGACACUUUUCAAAGGAAAAGACUACAUGGACCAACUGGUUCAAAUCAUGAAGGUCACAGGGACGCCUGGCCCAGAAUUCAUCGAGAAACUAGAAAGCCAGGAGGCAAAGAACUAUGUGAAAUCACUUCCUUUUUAUCCUCGGAAAGAUUUCUCUGCACUGUUUCCUCGGGCAAGUAAACAAGCGGUGGACUUGCUGGAGAAGAUGCUGGUUUUAGACACUGAUACCCGCGUAACUGCUGAUGGUGCACUGGCACACAGUUACUUUGAUGGCCUGAGGGAUCCAGAGGACUGUCCAGAGCCUAAGCCAUAUGAUGACAGUUAUGACAAUGCCACACUGCCCCUAGAGGAGUGGAAGAGAUUGUCGUUUAAAGAAGUGAAGAGUUUCGUUCCGUUUCCAAGAAGAGACUCGAAGAGGAGAAACACACUGACAAUGUCUCAGUGAUGUUACACUAUGUCACAGCCACACCUUUAUGCAAAGGAUUGGUGCAAAAGGACCAGGGUGUACAAAUGUUUACACAAAUCUCUUGCAAGUCAUGACAAUCCAUGAUGAGUCAAUAAUGAAUGUAUCUUUGUUGUGUACCUGAUAAAUGGGCUGGCUAAAGGAUGUACUGCUGUUACAGUAGUGAUUGCCUUUCAUUCGUUGCCUUGAAGCCUUAGGUUUAGGUUUGGAAUUAUAUUAAAAGACUUAUUCUUUGGGUAUUAGUGGGAUUUUUUGAUUCAGACCUGUAACAUUGUGGCUUUUUGUGCUCAGGAAACAAAAAACACCUAGAUACUAUAUGUCAAGAGCUGUACAGUUUUUCACUAUUAAGGUCUCUGAAUAUUAUUUGUAAGAUUGAAUAGAGCUAAUUAAAACUGCAGAAGUGCCCAUAUGUGUUUAUUGUAAAAUUGUACCACAGUACUGUGCAUCAAAAUCAGCUCAAUCACUUCAGUGCUCUAUUGCUGUUUGUGAACUUAAUAAACCCUUAAAACAGCUUAAACUUGACAAAGAACUGAGAGACAGAGGCUACAUCCACGCGACAACGGCAACGAGAUUUUUUUUUUUUUAAAUAUCGCGUCCACAUGGGCAACGGAUCAGUAAAAUAUCAGGUACAUAUGGCAACGCAACGCUUGCUGAAAACGAUGCAAUACACAUGCCACACCUCUACGUGCGCUGUAAGACGGUCCCAUCGGAGACACCAGAACAAUAGAAGAAGUAGACGCAUGCGCAUAAACCCCUUCUUCUGUAGCAUCAGCCACAUAAAGUUUCGAUUAUUAAUCAGUAGCGUAAAACGAAAGACGCGGAAAGAGGAAUGAAUGGGGGUAGAUGGAAGCCGGUACGCCAACAUUCUGAUAUCCUCCAGAAUUCUUUAAUGGUCCGGAAUAAAUUGAAUGCUACACGUUGAUGGAUUACUUUGUUCUUCUACGCCAGGGGUCUUCAAUCCUAUCCACAAAGGGCCAGUGUGGCUGCAGGCUUUCAUUCCAACCAAGCAGGAGCUACACCUGAUUUCACUUGUUUAAUCAUUUCACCCUCGUCUCCAAUCAACAAUCAAGUGAGCCUCCAAUUUGGCUGUAAUGAAAGCCUGCAGCUACACCGGCCCUUUGCGGAUAGGAUUGAAGACCCCUGUUCUACGCCCUUUUUGAGGAAUGUAUUGUCGGACUUAAACCAACAUCUGAAGAGGUGAGAUCGCUCCUUUUUUUUUUUCCCUAUUUUUGCUGGCGGGAUUGUUUUUGUUUUUGGAAAGCAGUGAAAAUAUUUUGUAAGCGCGUUUCAUGAACCAAGUUAUAGGAUUUGUUGACAACUCGCAUCGAGUUCGUUACACUUCUACCCGGCGUGAAGCACUGACAGUCAUGUGGUUGUGACGUCAUCGUAAACAAAUCCGUUCUACUCAUCCAGACGACUUCGCAACGGCGCCGUUGCCAGAUUUUUCCACUCCGGAACCCGUUCUCAAAAGAUUUCGUUUUGGGGCACCCAAAACGCCGGUGCCGUGUGGACGCCAGGUUGAAACGAUAAACAAUUUUAUCAGAUUCACCUGAAUCCGUUGCCGUGUGGACAGGGCCAGAGAGUAAACCAAGAGACUGAAUUGAAUAACUGAAGUGCAGUAUAAUUGAAGUUACUUUGACAAACUAUGGUGGGUGUGUCAGGAUCCUUCCCCAACGAUCAGCCAGAGGAAAUCAGUUAACAUUCAAAUGAAAUGACUGAUUGUACAUGCCAUCAGACUUUGGUCUGACCAACUGGAGGGAUCAUGAUGUGUGAUAUGUCGGCUUGUCUGUUACAUUAGAGUUUAGUUUUAAGUGAUGACUUUCAACACAGCAGGUAUAUGUGGUCUGCUUGCAUACCUUGGACCCUGACACCUCUGUGAUGUUAUAGAUAUUGAGUUUUAUUCUAUCCACAUUCACUGGAUAUGAGGAUAUCAGUUCAUAUACCGUGAGUAGAGAAAAACAAAAUGGCAGCUUUGUGAGCAAGUAUUUAAAAGAAACAGAAAUAGCUAAAAGAAUAUAGGGUCAUUGUUUUUUUUUUUUUUUUCCUUUUUGUUUUCUUUUUCCCCCAAUAUCGCCUGUUCCACAUUCCAACCCAAUUGGUGGCGGUAAUGCACCUUUAUGUUGGUUUGCCAACCGCCAAAAAAAUCCUAAAGAAGAAGAACAACAAAAAAUGGUGGAGCGUGUUGCUGAACUAACUGAGGAUGAAAUAAAAACUCUAGUCAAAAAUAAAACGCCAAAAAUACUAUAUAUAUGGAAUGAAAGUGAUGGUAAGAAUGUAUCUUUUUUUUUUUUUUCAAGAACUAUUGUUAUAGCAUUUUUCACAAAUUGCUUCUGUCAUUUCGCCGGUUUGUUUACAUUCUAAGCGGAAAUUAUUUUGUCCGACAUUUUGUAUAAAGUUUUUAUUUAUCGAAUUUGCUAAAAAUAAAAAUGUCCCGUUUCUCAAAAUCCAGUGAAUGUGGAUAGAAUAAAACAGUUAUUCCACUCAAUUUCGUCAUACAUGGCUUAGUCUUUUUAGCGCUAUGCGCCUCAUCAGCUAUCAGCUCAUGUACGACUUGAUUUCGUGGAAUAACUGUUAAAUAUGUAAUGGUCAUUUGCCAGAGAAUGUUAUGAAAUGAUUGGUGAAUGUUGUUUAGGGUACAUAGCUUUGUAAGAUGCAUUUGACAAUGAUAAAGAACUCAGUACGCAUAAUGGCAAUCAGUGAUGUAGUAUUCUAAUGAUACCUUUUUAAAUAAAUGCCUUAAUUAAAGAUUACAA